UAAUCCCGUGAAAUUAGAAAAGAAUUAAUAAAUAUGACUGUUCUAACGGACCUAUCAGCAUUUCGCAAGUGCGACCCGUGAUUCCUUGCGCGUUGGAGUUCAGAUCAAGGUUUUCUGAUCGGUCAUAGUUUGAGGAGGUGAAAAGUGUGGCGGUGCUUUAUUCGAUAUUCUUUAUGAGAUCUUAUAUUUAACGGUUGGCUUCUGAAUUUCUUUCGCAGCCAUGUCAGCCGCAACUACACAUAAAUAUCGUUAUAAAAAUGUGGGUCUGGACUCACAAGAACUGAGAAGACGUAGAGAAGAGGAAGGUGUCCAAUUAAGAAAACAGAAAAGAGAACAACAAUUAUCAAAAAGACGUAAUGUUCCUAAUAUGGUUGCUGAUGAUGAUAAUGUUACAGGAAAUGAAUCUGCUUAUCCUGCACCACAAUCAAAAACCUCUAUUAUUGUACUUGAAAUGGUGCAAGAAUUGUACAGUCCUAAUCCAGAAGCUCAAUUGGCAGCUACGCAAAAAUUUAGAAAAAUGUUGUCUAGAGAACCAAAUCCUCCAAUAGAUGAAGUUGUAAAAACUGGAAUUGUACCUAAAUUUGUUGAAUUUCUAGAGAAUAAUGCAAAUUGUACAUUGCAGUUUGAAGCUGCUUGGGCUUUAACGAAUAUAGCGAGUGGAACGUCUCAACAAACGCGUGUAGUAGUAGAUGCAGGAGCUGUACCUAUUUUCAUAUCAUUACUUGGUUCUGAAUAUGAAGAUGUUCAAGAACAGGCAGUUUGGGCAUUGGGCAAUAUUGCAGGAGAUAGUCCUGAAUGUAGAGAUCAUGUAUUAGACAGAGGAAUCCUCACUCCUCUGUUGCAAUUACUUUCUAAAGCAACACGUUUAUCAAUGACACGUAAUGCGGUGUGGGCAUUAUCCAAUCUUUGUCGAGGCAAGACUCCACCACCAGAAUUCACAAAAGUCGCACCAUGUUUACCAGUUUUAGCUCAUUUUCUCAAUCAUACUGAUAGUGACGUUCUUGCCGAUGCUUGUUGGGCUCUUUCCUAUUUAAGUGAUGGUCCAAAUGAAAAAAUUCAGGCAGUUAUUGAUGCAGGUGUAUGCAGACGUUUGGUAGAAUUACUUAUGCAUCAACAAGAAAAUGUUGUCAGUGCUGCGCUUCGAGCAGUGGGCAAUAUAGUUACAGGUGACGAUGUACAAACACAAAUUGUUCUUAAUUGUUCUGCGUUACAUUGUUUGUACCAUCUAUUGAAUUCGUCUCAAGAAAGUAUUCGUAAAGAAGCUUGUUGGACAAUUUCUAAUAUUACGGCAGGAAAUCCUCAGCAAAUUCAAGCUGUCAUUGAUGCCGGUAUAUUUCCCGUCCUAAUUGAUAUUUUAGCAAAAGCAGAAUUUAAGAUUCGAAAAGAAGCAGCAUGGGCGAUUACUAAUGCUACAAGCGGUGGUGCACCGGAACAAAUACGUUAUAUUGUUGUUGAAGGAUGUAUUCCACCAUUGUGCAAUUUGUUAACAGUAAUGGAUCCUAAGAUUGUUCAAGUUGCAUUAAGCGGUUUAGAAAAUAUCUUGCGCGUGGGAGAACAAGAUGCUGCCUCGCAUAAUGGUAUUAAUCAUUAUGCAGUAUUAAUCGAAGAAUGUUUCGGCCUAAACAAAAUAGAAUUUUUGCAAUCUCAUCAAAAUGUAGAAAUAUAUCAGAAGGCCUUCGAUAUAAUUGAACGAUAUUUUGGUUCUGAAGAAGAGGAUACUCGAGUGGUACCUACUAUUGAUGCACAAGGACAACAGUUCCAAUUCAGAGCACCUGAUUCAUCUCAAUUACCUGUCCAGGGCUUUGAAUUUUAAUCGAUUAGUUUUAAUCGAAUCUCCAAAUGUAUUAUCUGGUUCAAUCUUGUUUUGUUCCUUGUGUUUACAUCUAUUUUUCGUAAAAGGAACUUAUUCAAAAUGAAAGAAAAAUAUCAGUCAGAUGCAAAACAGUGGUAUAUUUAUACAUAUACUUUGAAUUCGUUUGUAUUGAUCAGAAUAUCAGCAAAAAAAAUCUUGAAGUGAUCAGUUUUUUGCUCGACGAUAAAGAUGAGUAAAAUGUUUAUACGCAGUUAUUUUAAGUGGUUUUCUCUUAUUAUUUUAGCUACACCAUAUGCAUCAUUCUAAGUUUAUUACAAAAAUGCAAUUGUUUAUUACGAAUCUAUAUCAAAUUGUGACAAUGCUUUUAUUUCUUAAGCUUUGAAGCAAUUUGGAUAGUUUCGUAGUUAUAUUUGAACACAUAACAUAAAUCAUAUUAGUAUGAAACAUUUAGUUUAUUGAAAUUAACAAAGUAAACACUUUAGUGCUUAAGUAGAAACAAAUAACUACGGAAACAAUGAUCAGGACAAUUUACUAUUGAGGUAGACUUAUACCUCGAACGACGUAUGACUGACUCAGAAUUACGAAAACUUGCACAACUGGCAAGACAUAAAUGACUGAAGUACGCGACUACGUAGCCAACACUGACAACUUAUGCAACGCGUUACUCACAUCCUUACUACAUUAGGUAGGAACAUGACCAAUUAAACUUUUUUACUGUAAAUACGUAUCUUGUAAUUUUAAGGCUAUUUUAUACAGAAUGCCCUAAAAAAACAAUAUUUAUGUUAUAUUAAUAUGAUCUUUAAAAAAAUUAUUUUAAAAUACAUACAUAUAAAUGCAUGUUUAACAUUUUAUUCAAUAUUGGCACAAAUAUGUUGUUAGA